AGAAAAAUGGAGGGAAAAGCCGCAGAAGCGACGGAAAACUCUCUUCCUGUUCCCCAAAUGCGCGCACAAAAAAAGAUGGAAACCUACUCCGACCUCGGCACCGACGGCGGCAAACCUGCUCCGACGAAGCCGGCGAUGGAGGAACCACGCGCCGCCACCACUGGAGGUCCGUCCAUAGUUGGCCCCGACGCUCCCCCCGCCCCCCAGCCGGGUACCGCCGCCGGCGCGAGGAAGCGGAAGGCCCCGACGACGGCGACAGCAAAGGCCGCCAGGAAGCCUCGCAUGCCGCAGGUUGAAGAACCAAUUCAGAUGCAUGUGUACUAUGGACUUAGAGAAAUGUUUGACAGCGUUCAGGGCGAUGAUUUAGUUGCAGAUUCGUUAGACACUUUUGUAGAGAACAACUGUGCACACGUCAUCGGUGAGCUACCGCUGCAGCCGCAGUCGAUGUCAUUGGUGGAUCUACAGCUCUGGAUCUUCAAGUUGUUCUGGCUCCAUCCAGAAACACAAGAUCUCGCUAUUAAGGGGUUCCGCAAACAACACAAAAGUGACUCCUACGACGACUCCUCUGAACUGGACAGUUAUUUGGAGUACUACCCGUGGGACAUACAUUACUUUAAGACUGACAAGUGUUGGAGUUCCUUUGCCAAUAAAUUGAAGAGAAAAAGAAAUGUGACACAGAAGUUCAUGUUGUAUGUGCAAUCUUCUGAGAUAGAGCAUUAUGACAUUCUGCUCAAAGCUGUAAAUGAUGAUUAUUAUCAACUGGCGACGGUUGUGUUGCCUGGGACAAAAAGCCUGUCAAGUGGCUUCUCCUUUGGUGCCCUUGUGGAAGACUUGACAAUGACAGCAAAGGAAAUUGGAGAUUAUCUCACUGGUCAGUUUGGUGAGCAGAUUAGUCCUGGUGAGGCGUGGAGAGCAAAACAGUUUGCUCUGGAGAGGAAAUUUGGUACAUUUUAUGAUUCACACAACUUUGCCCCGAGGUUACUUAAGGAUAUAGCACGUAAAAACCCUGGUAGUUUUGUUGACAUCAAGGAUGCAGAGGUUGCAGGGUGUAAAGAUUUCCGAGUCCUCUAGCGUAUGUUUUGGGCAUUUGGACAGUGCUUACAGGCCUUCCGUACUUGUCGCCCUGUGCUAUGCAUCAAGGGCACACCUCUAUGCGGGAAAUAUCAAGGGAUGCUGCUUACUGCUGUAGCAUCAGAUGCUAAUGGUUUCUCCUUUCCAGUAGCAUGUGCUGUCGUUGAGGGCGAGACCAAGGAAAGCUGGUUGUGGUUUCUUAGGAAUUUGGAGCGAGCAGUGGUGCAUCAGUCUGUCGUGUGCAUUAUACACGACUACAAAAGGGAUUUGAUCAAUGCUGUGAAGGACCUUCUGAAUUCCCGUGAACGACAGUGGUGUAGAGCAGAAAGUCGGUGGUGCAUGGAAGACUUUGCUGAAAACUUCUUUGCGUAUUUUGGUGACAAGAAGCUUGUGAUGAUGUUCAAGAAACUUUGCCAGCAGAAGUGACGCCAUAAAUUUGGUAAAAUCUGGAAGGAGCUAGACGAGUUGACGUCCACAUAUAUGGCGGAGAAAGAACAUGGUGCUAGUGAGGAAAUGCAGCAGGAAUCAGUCGAGCAUGAUGUGGCGGAGCUUGAGGCGCAAAGCCCAUGCAACCAACAUGAUUCAGUGGGGAAUAUGAAGGAAGGAGAUCACGCCGAUGACAGCAACAGAAAGAUAGCAAAGUUCUCUGACUGGAUAGAUCAGAAACCAAAGGAGAAGUGGUCACUGGCAUAUGACAGCGAUGGAGCAAGGUAUGGCAUCAUGGGCAGUGAUAUAGCUGAUGUAUAUAAGAACGACCAUGUAUUGAAAGGGAUAGCAUGCCUUCCGCUCAGUGCGAUAGUGGAGGUGACAUUCCUGCGCUUGGUAAAGUACUUUGAAAACACAAGUGCUGCAGCAAACAAAGCAAUCGGCAACCCAGCAAUUAACUUCCCGGAACGUGUCCAGGUUGACAUGAAUUCGAAAAUGCAGAAAUCCGAGACGCACAGACUUAUGUACACGUAUGCCGAUGAAAAAAAUUAUCUCGGUAAGGUUGUGGAUCGAAAAUUUACAGUUAAGGGAAGGAAGAGGGAGGUGACUGUUCACCUGAAGACGGACUAUACCCUCAGCAUGAAUAAGUCUGAAGGAUCCACAAUUCGAAAAACUGCCACCUGUUCAUGCAGCAAGCCGCAGGUACUUCACAAGCCCUGCUCUCAUGUUAUUGCCGUCUGUUGUGAGAUUGGGGUUAGCACUGCUGCAUACAUGUCCCCAUACUACAGCCUGCCCUAUCUAGUUCGCACCUCGAGGCAAAAAUUCAGUAAGUUCUCACACGACUACAGAGAUACGGUACCACGCUACUUCAGAGAUACUGUACUAUUUGGAGGCCAAGCACCAAUUUGGAUCCCAGACAAAAGACUGGAGUGUGGCCUUCCUGUUUGUCUACUGCCGGACUGCAUGCAAACUGCCGUGAUCGAGGAAGAACAAUAGUGCAGAACUGAAGAUGGAUCAGUUGCAGAAAAUCAAGGAUCUAAGACACGCUCAGAAGAACUUUGCCAGAUUUGAGCUUCUAUUAUUGUCUGUCAAACUCCUAGCUGUUAAUAUUUUGGAUGCUUAAAUGCGUUUAGCUGUUGUAGUUAAGCUAUCCUAUGCAAACUCUAAACCUCUAUUAUUAUUUGCAGUGCUUCCUUGUUGUUCUGGAAACCAAAGCUCUUAUUUCUUUGCUAGUCGGUUGCAGUUUGAUAUCUGCAACUCCUGUUUGCUCAAAUGCUAAAUCGUUGCAGAAGACAUCACUUCUUGGCUGAUGGUGUGACGGGCAUACCAGCUCAGUUGACAAAAUUGUGAUGGGUGCUACAUGUCCCUCAUGAUCGUCUGCCAGUAAUGGUUAAUUAUCAACACUUUUAGUGUUCUUUGAAUCUCUUUCAGUCAGCGGUCCAUCCUGAACUGGACUCUUGGGCACCUCUAUGUCUCGCUUACAGCGAGACGUAGUGAAGUCUCGCGUCAGGGGAGCGCCAGAUAAGCAGGCCCAGGCAUGCGGGAGGUCAUGGCAUCGUUUUUUUUUCACGUUUUUGUUAUCGUGUUUUCUUUCUUUUCUUAUUUCCGUAUAUACUUCCAGAUAUUGUAAGUAAAACAUUUGAAAAAUGUAAAAUGUGUACAAAGCAAUGUAUAUGAUAAAAAUGUUAACCAAGCAUUUAAAA